GUGGUCCCUUAUAUUCGUGCAUGAAGCUCCACUCAUGCAAGCGGAGAGUGUUUGUACACAAAGCUCUACUUGCAUGGAUCUCUGUUUGAAAAUUGCAUGUAAUAUAUUAGCAGGAAAAGAAAUGAACUUUGUUUCAGUAUAAUUAUUUUGUUAUUUUUACAGGGUCUUUUGGGCUGGUAUAUGGUGAAAAGUGGAUUAGAGGAGAAGCCAGAUUCCCACGAUAUCCCUCGGGUCAGUCAGUAUCGUUUAACUGCACAUCUGGGAUCUGCUCUUGUUCUUUACUGCUACAGCUUGUGGACUGGGCUAUCCUUGUUGCUACCACAACAUAAGCUACCUAAAAUCCGCCAACUAUUACGCCUGAGAAAAUUUGCUUAUGGGACAACAGGACUCAUCUUUCUCACUGCCCUCUCAGGAGCGUUUGUUGCUGGACUAGAUGCUGGUCUUGUGUAUAAUUCCUUUCCAAAGAUGGGGGAACGCUGGAUACCUGAUGAUCUCCUCGCUUUUUCCCCAAUGACAAAGAAUAUAUUUGAGAAUCCCACAACAGUGCAGUUUGAUCACAGAAUCCUGGGCAUUUCCUCAGUUGCAGCCAUCACAAUUCUCUAUCUACUUUCCAGGAAGAUCUCCCUCCCACGUAGAACUAGAAUGGCAUUUGCUUCCUUAUUGACUGUAGCAUAUCUUCAGGUCACCCUGGGUAUCAGCACAUUACUUCUGUACGUCCCAACUCCUUUAGCAGCUACUCAUCAGUCAGGUUCUUUGAUGUUGCUCAGUAUGGCUGUGUGGCUAAUAAAUGAACUCAGAGGAAUUCCUAAAUAGCUCAAACAUUGAAGAAACCAUGUGAUCCUCUGCCUGAGGACUGAAUUGAAAAAGAAGACUGUACAGAAAAGCUACCUUGGCUUCAUUGAUGUGGAGAACAUAGCUUCAAAACAUGAAUACAAACAAUUAUCUAUUUUUUUCAUAUUAUAAAAUUACUGAGACUAUAUCUACUGCAAAACUGAAAGGUUGUUUUGGCUAUUCCUCAUAUUCUGCAAUGCACAUUAUUAAAGAUAUAAUCACAAAUAAUUUCAAUGGUGUCUAUCCUUAAAUUCUGUAUAUAAAAGAUGACAUGAUGCAGAAUAAGAUUAUGGAAUUGAGUGGCCAUGGAAAUUUGGAACUAUUUGUAUUAUGUGAAAGGUGAGGAAAUGCAGUUUAUAUUGUAAAUUAUAUGCAACUGUGUGCUGUUAUGUUUCUUAUAGUAGAAUCUGGAUCAUUUAAAAAUACUAACAUAUAGUAUAUUAUGAGUUCUAAAUAAACUUGAUACACUUU